GCGGCUCGGUGCUCUGCGCGGCGGUGUUAGACGAGAAUGUAAGCUAGGUGGCCGCACGAACACAUUUAUCACACCGAGGCUGUGCCAGACGCACAUGGGAUCCGUCCUGCGUACCCGGGGAUCUACAGCACCCGCAGCCGCGCGGAGGGGACCCUCAGCCCGGUCAGGAGCAGCGCUCACCCUGCCUGGACUCUUCCAGUGACACAUUCACACAAAACAAGCACAACAUAUUUCUGAGGUGAUCUUCUCUUCCUUCCUGGGAGGCUCUCGGGGACUCAGCUUGUUAUUUAUUUAUAUCGUGUUUCAGGCUCAGCCGCGGCGGACGAGCUGCGUCUUCGCGCGGAGAGAGGUCGGACUUCUUUUGGGGAAACAGAUCAAAACACACGCGAAAACACUCCCGUCCUGUUGCCCCCCGAGUCUUUUAUUUCCUGUCAGUUUUUUUUUUUCCUCUUGCGAUUUAUUUCCUGCUGCCAACACCAGGAACCCGGGACUGAGCUCCGAGGAUGAAAGAAAACUAGAUUUGUGAUCGAGGCUCUGAGCUUGUUUUACUGGAUUUAUUUCGCUGUGGAGGAAAAAGAGAUCCGGGAGCGGAGCGGUGCGCAAAAACAAGCCGAGGUCUUCCUCCUCUCUUCUCUCCUCUCCCUCCCUCUAUCUCUCCAUCUAUCAAUCUGUCUACCUAUCCUCCUCUAUCGAUCUAUCUCUCCAUUUGUUUCCAUGUUUUAGGGUCCGUGCGAUUUUGCUAAAAUGCAUCAUCAACAGCGGAUGGCAGCUUUGGGAACAGACAAGGAACUGAGUGACUUACUGGAUUUCAGCGCGAUGCGAAACAGCGAUUUGAAAAUGUUCCCAACAUCCAUGAUGUUUUCCCCUCCUGUUAGCAGUGGAAAGAACGGCCCAACCUCCCUGGGGAGCGGACAUUUCUCUGGCUCAAAUAUGGAGGAGAGAACGAGUGCAGGAUCAUGGCCGAGUGGAAGUCGGUCCUCAAAGAGUUAUGCAGAAGGGUCUCAGUACAUGGCGUCACACGACAGCCUCUCACCUCCCUACACCAACUCCAGGCUUGCAGGUACAUCACAGACC